UGAUAACUACGAAUGCUGUAAUGUCACAUUUCAUUGUAAAUCGACAUUUCUUGAUCACGUAAUAAAAAAUCAUGGCGAUAUCAUUCGAUUAACUAUAAAAAAAUUAUCGCGUAAAAUACUGAUAAUGGUUGUAUUAUCAGAAUAUAUUCAUACAGGGUAUCCUGAAAGAGCAGCGAAAUUGAAGAAGAAUACUAGCUAUUCAUAUCUUCAAGUACUGCCUCGUCACAUUUUGUUUGUAAGCACUGCUUCACGUUGUUGCUGUUCGAUUCAAAAACACGAGUUUGCUUAGUUAUUCCUAAAUUUGCAACAUUUGGUGCUGUCUAGGUCUUCGACUGUGUCCAACCAGACGACUUUUGCACUAUAAAAAUAGAUAUAUGCAGCUCUGAUGAAAAAAAAAAACAUCAAGGACGACGGCGACGUUCUAAGUGCACUCGCGGAGUAUAAAGACAAUGUUUAAGAUGCGCAUAUCAAAUCGAUAACAUCGUUAUUGCUGUGGGAAAGAAUAGGGAUAUUUCACUGACAGCAAACUGAAAAAAAUCUCAUGAAGAUGACAUUUGAUAAGUGUUACGACUUUUUUUUGGGACAGUAACCCCUAUAUGAAGUGGAAAUUAUUUUUGGAGAAGUCUCGUAGAUAUGGAAUACAUCCUAUUAAUAAAAGGAGAAAAAAAUUUGGAGAAUUUCACCACCUAUACGUCGAAUUAAGAUAAUACCCGGAAAAAUUCUUUGAAUACUUAAGAAUGUCCAUAAGCACAUAUGAUUUUUUAUUAAGUAAGGUUAAUAGAAGGCUUACGAAAAUUACGACAAAUUAUCGAUCUCCUAUAUCAGCAGAAGAAAGACUGGUAGUAACAUUAAGGUAUCUGGCAACGGGUUUAUCGUUCAGAUCGUUAGCAUUUGCUUUUCGAAUGGGAAAAUCUACAGUAAGCAACAUAGUUUUCGAAACCUGCCAAAUUAUUUGGGAAGAACUAGUGGAAGAAUUUAUGCCAAUUCCAACUGAGAACUGUUUAAAGAAACGCUCAAAUAAUGAAAAAGUGGGAGACGGAACAAGGAAAUUCACCGAUCGAAGAAGGAAAAAAGUCGUUCAGCUGCUAUAAAUGUAACUAUACGAGUCAUUGUAAAAAGGGUUUGAUCGGUCAUAUCAAAAGGAAAAAUUGCUGUUUAGGAUGUAGUUUGGGAAAAUCACGAUCUGUAUCAAGAAAACAGAAUCUGUAUUGUUGUAUCAAAUGUAAUAAGGUGUUCAAAAGCAAAACAUCACUAGAUGAUCAUUUGAUUAAAAAUCAUGUAGGAUCUAUUGCGUUGGUAUCAUCUAAAAUACAUGAAUGCACAUUCUGUGAUUUCAAAACCGCUCAUACAAGGGAUUUAACAAGGCAUAUGCUAAAGCAUACUACUAAACCACACAUAUGCAAACAUUGUAAUACAUUAUUCAAAACAGAACGAUUGCUUUUUGGCCAUAUUUUAAAGAUGCAUCCCAACUUUAGCGGGACAAUUUCUAGUAAGAUAUAUGAAUGUAUGCAUUGUCCACAUAAACAAAUAGCUAGGAGUAGUUUUAUAAAGCACCUGGCAAAACAUGAUAUCCAAACGACAUUCAAGUGUACAAACUGUGAUGCUUCAUUUAAUACUAAACGACGCUUAGAAAGCCAUACUUUACAGAAACAUCCUAAAAUACGUGAAUGUGCACAAUGUGAAUAUCAAACUUCAAAUCCAUACUGCUUAGCUAGGCAUAUGUUGAGACAUACUGGAGUUAAGCUCAAAUGUACAAAGUGUGAUAAGUCAUUUACAUCCACACAAACAUUAGACGAUCACAUUUUGCGGAAACAUCCUGAGCUUACUUCUUCUGUAUGUAGUAAGAUACACGAAUGCACACAUUGUGAAUAUAAAACUACACGUACACACUGUUUAGGUAUGCAUAUGAUGAAACAUACUGGAGCUAAGUGCAAGUGUACAAAGUGUGAUGCGUCAUUUAUAACUACAAAAUCAUUAAACAACCACUUUUUGCAAAAACAUCCUGAGCUUGCUACUUCGAUAUCUCGUAAGAUACACGAAUGCACACAUUGUGAAUAUAAAACUACAUAUAAGGAGAAUUUAGCUGGUCAUAUGAUGAAACAUACCGGAGCUAAGCUCAAGUGUACAAAGUGUGAUAAGUCGUUUACAUACACACAAUCAUUAGACGAUCACAUUCUGCAAAAACAUCCUGGGCUUACUGCUUCUGUAUCUCGUAAGAUACAUAAAUGUACACAUUGUGAAUAUAAAUCUCUACAAAAGCGGCAAUUUAUCCAACAUAUGAUGAAACAUACCGGAGCUAAGCUCAAGUGUACAAAGUGUGAUAAGUCAUUUACAAACAAACUAGCGUUAGACAACCACAUUUUGCGGGAACAUCCUGAGCUUGCUACCUCUGUAUCUUGUAAGAUACAUGAAUGUACACAUUGCGAAUAUAAAUCUCUAAAAAAGCGGCAAUUCAUCAAACAUAUGAAGAAACAUACUGGAGCUAAGCUCAAGUGUACAAAGUGAUGCGACAUUUAAAUCCACACAAUCAUUAGACGAUCACAUUUUGCGGACACAUCCUGAGUUUGCUACUUCUGUAUCAUCUCGUAAGAUACAUAAAUCUACACAUUGUGAAUAUAAAACACCACGAAAAUAUAAACUGACUAAACAUACGAGGAACAUACAAAGUCAUAGUUAGUGUUUUUUUUUGUUUCCUAUGUGGUUAAUGCGUGCCUUUGCAGGCAAAUUAAAGUUUCAAUUUUAACCGUUGUAAUUUAAGAGAUGUCAUAAUGACAAUUCAAAGGAAAUAGUUAAUACUAAUACCCAAAUUUACCGCCCUUUUCAAAUCCAGCACAGCAGAGGUGAUCCAAAUCUCAAAUUAACGUUUUGUUACUACACUGAUUUGUUGAAACCUUAACUAGCGGAUGCGAUCUGGCUACUUUGCUACCCAACCAUUUUUCUGGCUUUCACAUUUUCUCAGAUAUACUCUGCAUUCUGUCACCAUCAAAGCAUGCUGGCGAAGUUGCAGCAUGGUCGUUGAGUCAUACCUUUAUAGGUACCGCUAUGAGUGGCACUCACAGCACCAUGUCAAGUCCACUUGUAGUAUGCACUUUCAUCUUUACAAGAGUCUGAUAUUUUGGAAAGAAACAAAUCGUAUACUCGUAUUUGCUCCUUCUGCCUAGUCGGAUAUCGUUGAGCACAAGUUUUACCGAUUUCACUAGAGUAAAGAACGACUCCAAAUCAUGCUUAGGCAAUAUUUUCACAACACGGAUGUGAAGUUUCAGUCUAAAAUCAUUGAUACACUUUUCUCUGACCACAAAGGGCAAUAUACCCUCUUUUCACUCAAUACCAAUGAAUCCAAAUUGAUUAAGAGUUUUUUCUGACUCACAUAUAAAUAAUUUUCUACAAGAUCUAAAGUCAGCAACGAUAUUUAUAAUAGUGUUAAUGUAAACAAAAAGUGGGAUGUAUUUUCUCAGAUAAUAUAAAGCAGAUUCAAUUACCAUUUUCCCCUGAUGAUAAAAAAGCGAGCUGCGAAACGCAAGAAAUUUCGUUGGAUUGCCCCAGAAUUGGAUCGACUCAGGAACAGGAUGAGUGCUCUUGCAAUGAUUUCCCAAAACGAACAUAAAAUAUAAAGAUGUUUUCAAAAGUUAUAGUCAGACAUAUGAGAAACACACCCUAAACAUCAUUAGAUCAGUUUGUCUUGCCAGUACAUAAUGAUGUAAAUACUUUAGCCAACCAUUUCAGUGAAAGCUUUAUUGGAGCCGCUCCAAAACUUCUCUCAAACAACCAACUUUGAGUUAUGAAUGCGACUUAGAACUAAAAAAUAAAUCAAUAUUUUUAACUCCAAUGGAUCAUGAUAAAUUGCUCAGAAUUGUAUGCACUCUGAAAAACACAAAAAGUUGCUAUGGGAAAACGUGUAACAUCUACUCCUCGGACAUAUAGUACUGGUGUUCCUCAAGGUAGUAUACUGGGCGGAACAUUGUUUAUUAUUUAUAUUAAUGAUAUAUCCACCACCACGAAAAACACGCAAAAUUUCAUCUAUGCAGAUGAUACAACCAUUUUGAUACCGUAUAAAGGAGCAUCUGAUAUCCGAAUCUUGAUAGAGACACAAAUAAACCAUAUUCAAAACUGGCUGGAGGUGAAUAAGUUAGUAUUCAACAUAUAAAUUCAUGAACCUCUAUGUGUCAAAAGCGAUACAAACCUUCUAGGUGUCACAUACGAUAGCUGUCUUGAGUUUGAUGAGCACAUUGAAAAUAUGGCUUCACAACUCAAUUAAGCAUGCUAUGCAUUACGAGUUCUAGCUUGUCAUCUGCCCUUGCAAGCCGUGCAGACUGCCUACUUGCCUAUUCUAUUAUGUUUUAUCAAAUAACACUUUUGGGUAAUAGUUCCGCGUUCAACAGAAUUUUUAUCAUACAAAAGAGGAUAAUAAGAACCAUCUUCAAAAUGAAACUUAGAGAGUCAUGUAGACAUCUAUUUAAAGUCAACAGUUUAUCAACAUUGCCGGGAAUUUACAUCUACAACACUCUAGACUUAGAGAGUCAUGUAGACAUCUAUUUAAAGUCAACAGUUUAUCAACAUUGCCGGGAAUUUACAUCUACAACACUCUACAUAAAGAAAUGUUUGAAAAAAAGUCUUCAACUACAGUUACAUUACUCGCAAAAGUAAGAAAUUCAUCUACCCAUCACAUAAGCUAAAUUAUACCGGAAAAUGUCCACAUUACUUAGCACUGAAGCUUUACAAUGCUUUACCCCAACAUCUUUAAUCCAUUUCAACACUCCCUAUAUUAAAAAAACAUUGAUAAAUAUAUGUAUAUGCAAAAUGGAACCAUAUAGUAUUGAAGAGUUCUAUACUCUAGUGAAACCGUGUCACCAAUAUCCUUGUGUUAUAUGUUGUCUAUGUCUAUGUUAUUUAGGUUGUACCACAACGAGAUGUUAUCUUUGUUGUAAAUUUCUUGUUGCUUUUUAUAACUGAGUAACCAAUAAAUUUUUAGGUUCUAUGUUCUAUCAAAACUUAAUUCUGAAUGGAACAAAUACUUUAAACGAAUAUAAUUUUAUUCAUUAGCAUAUAUCUAUUUAUACUGGAGAGUAUAACACUAUAGCCCCUUCAACAAUACUCGUUCUUUCUCUAGUUUGUUUAAAUGUGACUUUAUAUAAGUUAGACCUGGUUUUUCAAUCGCAAAUUAACUUGCGAGUUGGGUAACGUGUAAAAUGGCGGUUUAACUACAUCUAUCAAUUUCACCGAUAUGUGGCACCUGUAGUUAAAGUUACCUACUGUUUAGGGCAAACCUGAAAAACGCUUAUUGAAGUUCAACUUCGGGUUAGCAGUAAAUCUGUGGUUAACCUGGGAUUGCAAAACUGGUCCUUACAGGAUUGAUUUCUUUGGUUAGAUGAAUUAGAAUAUACUCCUGAUUUAAUAUUUGUUUGUUUUACCAUCCGUGUUAAUUUAUUAAGUUAUACAAGGUCUGUCGCAAAGUAAACAGGAAUUUUGAAAGAUAUCCGAUACAAGUAGCGCCAUCUAUUAUCGGAGAGUACCGAUUUUUUGUCAAAAAAUGGCAUUUAACCAUCAACCACUCCCCAUAUUCUCCUGAUAUGGCACCGUGUCACUAUUUUUUGUUCGGUAAACAUUUGGUCAUGAGGGGGCAGCGGUAUGUCAACAUAGAAGCCAUCCAAAAGUCGACGAUCAUUUUGAAGGACAUCCCAGUCAGUGAGCUAAAAUCAUCAUACGAAAAUAUUUUGGUCCGUGCAAAUCACUGUAUCAACUGUGAAGGAUACUAUUUUGAAUAAAAUAAAUUCCAUUUUCUGAUAAAAAAUGUUUGUUCACUUUUUUCUAUGCCCUGUUUACUUUGCGACAGACCUUGUAUUAACUUACAAUUGACCUGAGCGAAAGAAAGCUUCCAGUUUAUUUGUAAUUAAAUUGUAUGUUUCCUAAUUUAGCAUUCAAUUUAUGGUUGCUAAUAUUAUUUGAGGAUUAGAUGAUUCAAGUCGAUAUUAGCACAUUUGUUUAUCUACAUGUUCGGUAUAUUACUGUUAUGUUG